AUGGCGCAUCGCAGUGAAAAGCUCAAGCUGCUCGAGGAGCUGACCGAGUCAACGCACUCGCCCCCUCCGUCCCUGCCAGUGCCCACUCACCUGCUCGGACCACAUGCAUGCAUCCCGGCGACGUCUACAGUCUCAUUGGACGAAAUCAAUGCACUCCAUCGCAUGUUCAAGUCACUCACGGACACCGAAACGAUGGCCAAGCCAGUUUUUCGCGAGCUGCUGCACGACUACUUUAGCUUUACUGACGAUCAGAUGAUGGACAAGAUUUUCAAGGCCUUUGCCAAGACGGAAAAUGUUCUGUCCUUCGAGACGUUUGUCACCGGCCUGUCCACCUUUUUGCGCGGCACGGUGGAGGAACAAGUCGAGCAGAUGCAAAGGGUUUCCCCUCUCAGCCACACGCCCCCACCGCCUCUUCCGGCUCUAGUUGUGUUCAACAUCUAUACUCGAGGCUCCAUGGAAGCCAUCAACCGCGAUGAUAUGUGCCUUCUUUUGAAGAAGAGUAUCGUCAAGCCGGCGAGUGAGGAGGAGCGCGACGAAGGCAUCCGCGAUCUUGUGGACAUGCUUCUUCGCAAAAUGGAUAAGGAUGGUGAUCAUCUGCUUUCCCUCGAGGAUUAUAAAAAGUCUGUUGCGGAAGACAAGCUUCUUCUCGAAGCCCUGGGCCCAUGCCUGCCCAACGGCAAGGAUGUCAAGGAGUUUUUGGCUGCAGCAGAAGUCUUGCCUCGCAUCUGA